UUAGACGUGGGGCUGAAUUGAUGAAAUUGGGAUCGUCCCUUCCUUCCGCUUGCUCUCCAGCCACUCCAAAGUCUCUCCCCCUCUUCAAGCAGCAAUUUCUUUCCAUCUCCCUCUGUCUCCCCCACUCGCCCCCAGUCAUCUCUGUAGCUCCCUUGGCUCUCCCCCCAACUCCUAACCCCAGUCCUUUCCCCCCACCCCUCCGGUGAGGGGGUGGGCAGGGGAGAAUCCAGCCAACUCCCAGUGCCGGCCGGAGAUGUCGAAGAAACGCAAAAUCCCGGAGGGUGGUUGUGGUGCAGGACGAAGCCGGCUGCCCUCGGAGGAACCGACUGCUGGGUAUGUGGGCAACAGCGAGGAACAAGGUCUGACUGAUGAAAAAGUGAAGGCGUAUCUGUCUCUUCACCCCCAGGUGCUGGAUGAGUUUGUGUCCGAAAGCGUAAGUGCAGAGACGGUGGAAAAAUGGCUCAAGAGGAAAAACAACAGACAAGAAGAUGAAUCCACUCCUAGGGAAGUCAGCAGGUACCAGGAUACAAAUAUGCAAGGAGUUGUCUACGAACUGAACAGCUACAUAGAGCAACGACUGGAUACAGGAGGAGACAACCAGCUGCUUCUGUAUGAAUUGAGUAGCAUCAUUAAAAUCGCUACAAAGGCCGAUGGAUUUGCAUUGUAUUUCCUGGGAGAAUGCAAUAAUAGUCUGUGUGUUUUCACCCCUCCUGGAGCAAAGGAAGGAAAACCACGACUGAUCCCUGCUGGCCCGAUUGCUCAUGGCACGACGAUAUCUGCCUAUGUAGCCAAAUCGAGGAAAACAUUGCUCGUGGAAGACAUUCUUGGGGAUGAACGAUUUCCCAAAGGUACUGGACUGGAAUCAGGGACUCGUAUCCAGUCUGUUCUUUGUUUACCAAUCGUCACUGCAAUCGGAGAUCUAAUUGGCAUUCUGGAGCUGUAUCGACACUGGGGCAAAGAAGCCUUCCAUCUCAGUCACCAAGAGGUUGCAACGGCGAAUCUCUCAUGGGCCUCAGUAGCAAUACAUCAAGUACAGGUGUGCCGAGGGCUUGCCAAACAAACCGAACUGAAUGACUUCCUUCUGGACGUAUCAAAAACCUAUUUUGAUAACAUAGUCGCAAUAGAUUCUUUACUUGAACACAUAAUGAUAUAUGCAAAAAAUCUGGUGAAUGCCGACCGCUGUGCCCUCUUCCAAGUAGACCACAAGAACAAGGAGUUGUAUUCGGACCUUUUUGAUAUCGGCGAAGAGAACGAAGGGAAGCCCAUUUUCAAGAAGACCAAAGAAAUCAGAUUUUCUAUUGAAAAAGGAAUUGCCGGUCAAGUUGCCAGAACAGGGGAAGUUCUUAACAUUCCUGAUGCCUAUGCAGAUCCACGCUUCAACAGAGAAGUCGACCUAUACACAGGCUAUACGACCAGGAAUAUCUUGUGUAUGCCCAUUGUGAGCCGAGGGAGCGUAAUAGGCGUCGUACAGAUGGUGAACAAAAUAAGUGGAAGUGCCUUCUCUAAAACGGAUGAAAACAACUUUAAAAUGUUUGCAGUCUUUUGUGCAUUAGCCUUACACUGUGCUAACAUGUAUCAUAGAAUUCGCCAUUCAGAAUGCAUUUACCGAGUAACAAUGGAGAAGCUCUCCUAUCACAGCAUAUGUACAGCAGAAGAGUGGCAAAAUCUCAUGCACUUCACUCUCCCAUCACUCCUCUGCAAAGAUGUUGAACUAUACCACUUUGAUGUCAGCCCAUUUGAGGAUAUGUGGCCUGCAAUCUUUGUCUAUAUGAUCCAUCAGUCCUGUGGGUCAGCCUGCUUUGAGCUUGAAAAACUUUGUCGUUUCAUCAUGUCCGUUAAGAAAAACUAUCGGCGGGUACCGUACCACAACUGGAAGCAUGCUGUUACCGUGGCACACUGCAUGUACGCCAUACUUCAGAACAAUCAAGGGCUUUUUACCGAUCUGGAGCGCAAAGGACUCCUGAUCGCAUGCCUCUGCCAUGACCUGGAUCACCGCGGAUACAGCAAUAGCUACCUUCAGAAAUUCGAUCACCCUCUGGCUGCCCUCUACUCCACUUCCACCAUGGAGCAGCAUCACUUUUCCCAGACGGUGUCCAUUCUCCAGCUGGAAGGGCACAAUAUCUUCUCCACUCUGAACUCCAGUGAAUACGAGCAGGUCCUGGAGAUUAUCCGCAAGGCCAUCAUCGCCACAGACCUUGCACUCUACUUUGGAAACAGGAAACAGUUGGAAGAGAUGCACCAGAAAGGAUCCCUAAACCUUAAUAAUCAAGCACAUAGAGAUCGGGUAAUUGGUCUGAUGAUGACUGCUUGUGACCUCUGUUCCGUUACAAAGCUGUGGCCAGUUACGAGAUUGACUGCUAAUGACAUUUAUGCUGAGUUCUGGGCUGAGGGUGAUGAAAUGAAGAAGUUAGGCAUUCAGCCUAUUCCCAUGAUGGACCGAGACAAAAAAGAUGAAGUCCCUCAAGGCCAACUCGGAUUCUACAAUGCCGUCGCCAUUCCCUGCUAUACUACCCUCACUCAGAUCUUUCCUCCCACCGGGCCCCUCCUCCGGGCUUGCAGGGAUAAUCUCAGUCAAUGGGAGAAAGUUAUACGGGGGGAAGAAGCAUCAUUAUGGAUUUCGGCCCAGCCAUUGGCUUCUGAGCCAUCCCAUUCACUGCCUGUGAAGAUCGAUGAUUGAUCAGUAGUGACUAUUACUUUCUUCCAGAACGAUAGCAGCAUACUUCUCUCUCUAAUUUUUUUUUGUUGGGGGGUGGGAUGGGGAGAAAAAAAAUAGGCUACAGUGACUCUCUCAGACACAGACCUCUUCUAGGAGGUCCCGCUAAGGAGUUAGAUGUCUCAGCUGGGUGACCUUCUGCUCAUCCCUUUAUUUACAUGUGUGUGUCUGAUUAAGCCAGGAGCCACCCGGACUACUCAAAUGUUUUGACAUCAGCUGUCGAAGCGAACUUUCUACGAACUUGUAAAUCGGCCUUUCCUCACAGGCUACUUUGCCGAGGCCUUAAUUUAAAACCUAAAGACAAAGAUUCAGAGGGGGCACUUUUAAAUCGGAUCUUUCUAGCAAGGGUUUGAAAUGGUACUUUUACUCUACUGUACUCUGGCUGGCUUUAACACUGAUGUCGCUUAGGAGUUCUCGGUUAUUAUAAAUAGGAAUUUUUACAAAUCCCUCUUGUAAAUGUUUCUCCGUGAUGAUCGGGUCAUUUUGAACCAAUCACAGAACACUUUAGGACCACGGCCGUCCGCUGUCAGGGGACAAUCUGGGAAGUUUUGGCGGUUUUGGGGCCGGAAAUACUCCAGGCUGAAAGUUCCAUGUUUUAACGGUUCGUCACAAAGUAACUUCUUUAUUGCACAGGAGUCGGAUGUAAAAACAAACUGAUCGUUGUGCAUUCUUAGCGUUGAUCCCCUAAAGGAACAGAGACAAUUCCUUUCCAAGAAGGAAGAGCUGGGCGGCAUCCAUAACGAGAAGGGAUUCAGGCGCAAAUCGGUCUGGACUUCAUCCUGUUUGUCGUAGAAGCAGAACAGAACCUUUGUCACCGUGGGAACUUUCCAGUGGGUCUCACCACACAGCACGUCCAGGAUUAGUUCCCUGUCCCCUUCCCCUCCGCAUCUUCCCUCUUCCUUCUUCCUCCUUUCUUCCCAAUCCCUUACUCUGUAGAUAGUAGAGGAAACCUCAUCUACUGCCAAGUCAGGCAAAAGACAAGGGACAAGAUGAGAAGAAAUAGGGAGGAGAGCAAAUUCCCUACCAACAAGACUUUGUGUUGUAUUCCAGCAUGUGUCUCCCAGAAGCCGGUUCUGUUCCUCUUUGCAUCGCUUUGCAAAUGCACCGUGUUGGAGAGGUUGGACUGUCAAAGUGGUACUUAUGAAACCCUCCUUAUUUUAUGUUUUUUCCAAAUGUACAUCCUUCAGCAACCGCUAACAUCUGAUGAUCACGUUUUAGUAACCUUUUCUCUACCUGGAUGGAUUUUACAUUUGACACUUUUGUAAUGCAACCCAUGGUAAUAAUAAUAAUAAUAGUGAUAAUAACUGUGGUAUUUGUUAAGUGCUUACUAUA